UGAAACGCAUCUAGAGAAACAUUAUUGUUUAGUAGAAAUUUCCAAGCUUUCAACGCAGGGUACAUAUGCUUGACAUCUUCUAAUCAUGGAACUCGUUGCUUUGGUCAUUGUCGUUACCCUGGAAAAUCCGCUGCGAAAUUGCAACCGAGCCCCAAAGAAACAACUCCGCGCAUCAUACUUCCAGCCAUAAUCAUGGGAGAAAACGCAUCAGAGUCCGAGGAUCCAAAAUCUAAUGCACAUCCUCCUCAAUUUCAUUUCCCAGAUCUUGGCGAUCCCGAAAAAUCGGAUAUUUUUAUGGAAGCUACACUUCAAGUUCUCCGCCGCAUGGUAUUUCCAUAUAACGAAGAUAAGAUACGUACUAUGUCCCCAAUUCUCGAUGAAUAUCUAGGCAUCUGGCCUGAAAUCUGCGUCGACAAAAGCAGCAUUUGUCGUUCCAAAAUUGAAAAUCUUUGCAUGUUAGAUUUGAACUUGAUGACCGCUCUUGUUGCGAUACAGGAAAAAAGAGACGAACUUUGGCUAGAAUUUAAUGGAUAUGAGAAGUUGAAGGACGAGGAAACUCCCGAAUUCCGGGAGGUGUAUUGCCCUAACUGCGACGAGAGUAGCGAGGAAGAUGAGAGUGAAGAUCUCUGUCACUGUCUGAUUCAUCCCAACACCGGCACCGCAUACCUCGCUUAUGGGAUAACGGAAAAUCCAUGGAAGAAUCGUCCUGCAGAUGAAAACGAGGAUUCUGCGGACACUUCGGCGAUCUGUAGUUCUGGUGUGAUGGCGGAUUCUGAGGUUCCUGCGAAUGAGAUCGACUGCGGUUGCCUCUGUGCGACGUGCUUUGCUUCUCGUGGCCUCGACAGUGAUGACGAUAGUUAUGUCUAUCCUUCUUCAGAAUCAGAGAGCGAAAAUGAGAUGCCCUGUCAAUGUUAGUUGAGUAAGGAAGAUGCCUAGUUUGAAGGGGAUAUU